AUGGAUUCACAUUUACCAAGACUGCAUAUGCUUUCAAAAUCUCCAUCUGUUCCUGAUUUACAUGGUUCAAUAAGGAUAAGGAAUCUAAAUAUGGAGAUGAAAAAGACUAUGUCUCCAAGGUUGCCUUCCUGGUUAGCACACGAGAAGUUUCAACAGCCAUUAGAAGGUUCCAGUGAGUUAAAGUAUGAACAGGAAUCAAUAGUUUUUAAUAUUAAUGCUUCGAAGAAUAAUACUAACAAAUAUAUUGGUGAGCAUGAUGAUAAGGAGAAAUGUAAUGAUAAUGACGAAAAUCUGAGUUUUAUUGAUCUUUAUGGAGAAGAAGCGAUGUCUGGAGUAAUAGAAUAUGAUACAGAUACUAAUAAUAAUCAUGGUGGUGAAAAUAAGAGAAUAGACAAUUCAAUUAAUAAUGAAAGUAAUAAGAAUAGUCAAGUUAUAUCGAAAAGUGUCUUUUCAACAUCAAGUGAUUUUUUUAAUGAGUCUUCCAUUAUUGGAGAGAAUUCCUUUCAUUUAGACAAUUCAUCUUUACCCUUAAAGCAGAAGAUACACAUCAAUGAUGAUGAUGAUGGAAUUUAUGAUCAAUAUGGAUUUAAAAAAUACACAAAAUGGAUAGCUGAAUCUACAUAUGACCGUUGGUGGCAUCGGUAUAAUAUAUAUUGCCGAAGAAGAAAAUUGAAAUGGACAUUAUUCUUGGAGAAACAUAAGAUACGAUCACAAAUAGAUCUCUCUCCACCUAAGAAAUUCCCAGAGAGAAGUGAAAAACUGAAAAGAUAUGUUAGAAAGGGGAUCCCAUCUGAUUGGAGAGGAGAUGCGUGGUGGUAUUUUGCUGAUGGUGAUGCUAUAUUACAAAAAAACAUUGGUAAAUAUAAAUCUUUAGUGAGUGAAGUGGAACGUACUAGAAAUUUUUCACAUAGUAAUACAAUUGAGAGGACUGAUACGAAUAAAGUGUAUUUAGAUAUGGAAAUUAUUGAAAGAGAUUUGUAUAGAACUUUCCCGAACAACAUUCAUUUCCAAAAAGAUGAUAAUUCCGAUGUUGGUGAACCUGAAAUGAUAUCAGCAUUAAGAAGGGUUCUUGUAGCAUUUUCAAUCUAUAAUCCAAAGAUUGGUUACUGCCAGUCUAUGAAUUUCUUGGUGGGUCUAUUGUUAUUAUUCCUUGAAGAAGAGAAGUCCUUUUGGAUGUUGGUAAUAAUAACAUCUAAAUAUUUACCCGGUGUGCAUGACGUUAAUUUAGAGGGGGUAAAUAUUGAUCAAGGUGUGUUAAUGUUAUGUAUUAGGGAAUAUUUACCAGAUAUUUGGAAGAUUAUUGAACCUACAUGUGAAACUAUACCAACUUUGACUAAUCAAGCACAUCCAAAACAUAAACACUUUAAAAACGAAUUUCUUUUUAAAUUACCUCCCAUUACACUAUCUACUGUUAGUUGGUUUAUGAGCUGUUUUAUUGGUGUUGUUCCUAUUGAGACUACAUUGAGGAUUUGGGAUUGUUUAUUUUAUGAAGGAUCACAUUUUUUGUUUAAGAUAUCUUUAGCUAUCUUAAAAAUAUGUGAGCAUGAAUUAUUACGUAAGAAGUCUCAAAUAAGGAUACCUGGAAUUUCCUCAGCAGGCUUGGGGAAAUAUUCCAAAUUUAAUAAUAGUAAUGACGAUAAUGUCAAUGGUUUCCAUGUUAGAACAAAAGAAGAAGAUUGUGAUAUUAUAUUAUUUCAAAUGGUGCAGACUUUACCAAAGACAUUAUUAGAUCCAAAUGAUUUGUUUGAAAAAAGUAUAUUUAAAAGGACUGCAAAACUUAAUAUUUUAGGACAAGAUGAGAUUGAUAGGUGUAGAAAGUAUGUGAUGAAUCAUAGGCGAAAAUAUAGGGAUUAUAUGGAUCUAAUAAAUAUGCAACAGUAUGCUGAUGAACAAGAAAAAUCAGCCACUAAGAGUUCAGAUAUGAGAAAUGAUACAGGAGAUGAAAAGAUAAAUCAUGUGAGUACUGGUAUUAGUCACAACGAUGAUAGUAAUAAAUAUACCACAUCGAUGACAUCUAGUAAUGAGUCAGUUAUGACUGCUGAAAACUUAUCUGAAGUAUUAAUGAGAGAAAAUUAUGGGUUUAAGAGAACAUUGACUAAUGUAAAUUGGAAUAGUCUCAGUUUAAAGGGAACAGUAAGACAAAUACGUAAGAAGAAGGAUCGUUGA